CCAGCAUGACUUGCAAACAACACAGUUACACCAAACCUCGUCAACUACUGCAAAACCCACAAUUCCAUUUUUUGAUUUUUCCUUAAUCCAGUCAAAAAAAAUUAAUCUUUUCCAUCAUCACAAUUAUUAUUCUCAAUUUUUAAUUAGUACAAAGUUGUUUUCAAUUUGGUUGAAAACCUUGUUGUUGAAGCGAAUUUCGUUAUUUUUCUCAAGUCGUUGCGCUUUCACUGUCUCGUGACUCGUUGUUGCGACUCGUUGAUUCACUCGUUUGACUCCUUUUGAAGCAACCCUUUUGUUUUCUUAAUCUAUUUCCCUUGAUGGGUUUUGAAUUUUAUUGUUGGAAUCAGCUAAUUCAAUUGGGAACUGGGUUGUGACAUAACAUUCUUUUCAGACAUGGUUUGUUUGGGGUUUGAUAUGGUUGAGGUUGAAGCUCAAAGGUUGGAACUUUGUUUGGUUAAGAGGAAGGAAGUUGGUCUUUUGUUGAGGACUGUGUUUGGUUUGUUGGUGUUUCUGCUGUUUCUUAGUCCUGUGACUGGUCUCAGACCAUUAAGGGAUAAAACUGGUUCAUGGGGUGAUGAGUGGAUUUUUUCUGGAAAAGAUGAAAGCGACAUAGGUCCAUUUUCACAAUGGAAUAUAACUGGAACUUACAGAGGGACGUGGAAGUUUUUAGAUACUACCAAUGGCUCUUCUAAAUUUCCGGACAUCAGAAAAAUAAAUGGAAACUCUGUAAUUGAAUUAGUUAGUACACCCACAAAGAUAACUGGUGUACAUUAUGUGCAGGGGGUUGUUAUAUUCCACGAUGUGUUCGACAACGAAUACAAUGUUGGGGGUGCCCAAAUCAAAAUAGAAGGUGUAUAUAUAUGGCCUUUUAGACAACUUCGAAUGGUAGCCAACAGCGGAAAAGAGGGAGGGUUGAAUCAAGAUGGAGAUUAUAUUUUAUCCAAUCCAUAUCAUCUGCUUGGAGUUUUCUCAUCUCAAGUAUUCCAAGAAUCUUCGCGACAUACAAUGUGGAGAAGAAAGCAUUCUCCAUUGCAUGGCAUGGAGAAAAACUGUAACGUUGAAAUUUCAGCACGGGUUUCACGCUUGUCAUCGUCAAAACAUGAUGGGGAGCAUGAUUCUUUUCAGCUGGAAGGAUUAAUGGAAAGUCCGUCUGUGGAUGACGAUGGAGAUUGCAUCUCACCAUUACAAUUAAAUGCAACAUCUAUUAAUAUUGGAGUCUACUACAAUAAAGCAGUGAACUAUACCUUGAUGGUUACCUUUGUCUCAUUCUUGCAAGUUCUUCUGUUGAUUCGGCAAAUGGAGCAUAGCAACACACAAUCUGGGGCAGCGAAGGUUUCAAUAAUAAUGAUUGGUCAGCAAGCUAUAGUGGAUGCUUAUCUUUGCCUUGUACAUCUGACUGCAGGAAUACUAGUUGAGUCCUUGUUCAAUGCUUUUGCAACCGCUGCAUUUUUCAAGUUUGUAGUUUUCUCAAUAUUUGAGAUGAGAUAUCUCCUUGCCAUUUGGAAAGCAAGUCGGCCUUUGAGUAACGGUGAAGGUUGGGAGACAAUGAGGCGCGAGCUUUCCGUUUUAUACAGCCGUUUCUAUGGGAUUCUGUUGGGCGGUAUUCUAUUCAUGUACGAAUUCCAUAAUUAUUUGAGACCUAUUCUGCUUCUUGUAUACUCCUUUUGGAUACCUCAGAUAAUCACCAAUGUUAUUCGCGAUUCACGCAAACCAUUGCAUCCUCAUUAUAUAUUAGGCAUCACCGUUACUCGGCUAGCAAUCCCAUUAUACGUUUUUGGUUGUCCUAACAACUUCUUGCGCAUAGAACCAGAUCAGAGCUGGUGUGUUUGUUUGGUUUUAUUUACUGGAUUUCAAGCCACAGUUCUCCUUCUUCAGCAUUACCUCGGCUCCCGUUGGUUCAUUCCUCAUCAGAUUCUACCUGAGAAAUACAGCUAUUAUAGGAGGUCUUCUCAGGAUACAAAUCAUGCCACGGACUGUGUUAUUUGCAUGACAGCCAUUGAUCUCACACCGCGAUCAAAUGAUUGCAUGGUGACGCCUUGUGAUCAUUUUUUCCACACUGGCUGCUUACAAAGAUGGAUGGAUAUAAAGAUGGAGUGCCCAACAUGUCGGCGCCCGCUCCCACCUGCAUGAAUAGAUUUUCGAAAUGUUAAUAUCAAUAGGAUCAACUGACACCUCCCAACUCAAAUAUAAUUUCGGUUGGGAUAUAAUCAAAAUUGGUAUAAUUGAGCUUCAGCACAAAGCUGAAAUACGGCACUUCUGAUAAUUGUAUCAUGCAGAAUUUGUUUAUAGCUGAUCAAUAGUUUUUUUUUUUUUUUUUUUUUUUUUUUUUUUUAUUUUUUUUAACUGGGUAGUGGUUGUGUCAAUGAUCAAUAAUAUAGUAUAUCAGAAAUUCCAUAAGAUAAUAUUUUGAAUUUCA